AUGAAGCUCGCCAGGGCUAUCGACAAUGUCCAGGCCACGUUGGUUACGCCCAGUCUAGAGGACGCCGACGUACCUCCGAGCGCGUACUUGCCAUUACCCAACGAACUGCGCCUGUCCCUGUUUGAACUGGAUGGGGCAUUCCGCGCUCAGAUUCCUCCGCCUUCUACACCAAAACGCACGACGCCCCCACAGGCGCAGAGCAUGCUGUCGCUCAUCACCGUAUCUCCCUCCACUGCACUCUUGCGCAGUCCGGCUGUGACUGGUCUCACGAAGACGUAUAACGCCAACGAUUUCCGCGUUCUUCGACAAACACCGAAUGCGCGUCAGAACACCAGCAGACUACCGAGCAAACAUGUCGAUGACUUCGAGAUGUCGUCGCCAACGAUGUCUACGAACGGUCUUCCUGCACCGCCAAGUUUACCGUCCUACGGAAUGCCAGGAUCGGACGUUGGUUUCCCAGGGUUAGGGGCGCCAUUCAAUGGUGGCAUGUAA